AGGGAUCAUCAAGCAGAGGAAUUAACACGCGGAUACUAGAGGAGCAGAGGAAAGUACACAAUCAUGAUUUCACACCUAUUGCUCAUCUCCUUCAGUCUUUUGAUGGUGCAAGGAAAAGUUUAUGAUCGAUGUGAACUAGGAAGAGAACUUUAUGAAAAAUAUCAUUUUCCACUCACUGAUAUACCCAGAUGGCUGUGCGUAGUGCACUGGGAGAGUGCGUUCAAUACCAAUGCAGUGAACAAAGGCGCUACGCCGAAUUCUCUGGAUUAUGGGAUAUUUCAGAUAAAUGAUGACAAAUGGUGCAAAAGUCCACUAAGACCGAGCCAAAACAGAUGUCGCAUUUCAUGCGAGAGAUUGAAAGAUGAUGAUUUAUCCGAUGAUGUGGCGUGCCUUCAACAAAUUAUUCAAGAGAAAGGUUUCCAUGAAUGGAUGUCUUAUGGAUUACGAUGCAACAGUAAUACAGAAGAAUACUUUAAAAACUGUGACUUUACAUCACGAGCUCUUAAUGUGGGUAUGAAGCUACGAGAUCACCCACAGCCUCACGUGCGAUUCAAUAUCAAACACUUCAAAGAACAACCAAAUUUCAUGAAAAUAAGGUUUGGUUUGACAUCACAACCAAAAGGUUUUAAAGUCAAUGUCAAUACUAAAGAAUCCAGAAUAAACUUCUUCACAAAGUUCCUGUCAGCCCAUUACAAGCUGAAACCUUUUUUCAGCCUACACCAAUAUGUGACUAGGUGAAUGAAAUAUGGAAUAACAGAUAAAAAAAAUCAAAAUCGCAUUUUAAACAUUUGAAAUGGUUAUAGUAGAAUGGUGUGAAAUAUGUAUAUAUUCUUUGAAUAACUAUUGCAUAAUAAGUAACAUCUUAAUGGCCAAAGAAAUCUUAUGUAAUUUUCUUAUCAGUGCCAUGCUUUUCAUCACAAGAAAAUAGAAUUACAAUUAGAACAUUUGAAGAAAAAGAACUAAAAAAUUUUAAAAAGAAAAAAAAAUGUUCAUUUUAAUGUUGCAUCCAACAUUUAAAAACACAAAUACGCUCUGUGUGACAGAUACAGAUUUUACUAUCAUCUUCAUGGAAACAUCCAUUUUUCCAUAAGACAUGAACAUAUCUUAAAAAAAUCAUUAUUAAAGAUCAAUUUACAGUACUCCAAACAGUAAGCAUAGUUGUAGGAAUAGUAAAAAGUUACAGAAAAUAAUAUUUUGUAAAAAUACAUAUACAUAUGUCAUAAGGAGUUAACAUUGAAACUUCGCAAUUAAAAAUAAUUCAUGUAUUAAAAAAAUCUUGUUAAUUAUAGAAAAUUUUGAAAGAAAAUUUGUGGAUUUUUGUACAAUAUUGAACAAUCAUCGCUAGUAAUAUCAACAGAUGGAUCUGUUGGCCCACAUAUCAAUUGACAUUUAAGCUCACUCGUUUGUAAUGGCCAUUGAAUAUAGUUGAGUUCUUAGCAUUAUGUUUCAAAUAUUGGCACAGAAAUAAAUUUUUUGGAACAAAAGCGAGGGAUGACUCAAUGCCAAUUCAAUUGAAAGACAUAUUAACCAGAUUCCAUCAAGAUAAGCAUACAUGUUCAGCUGGUAAUUUAACAAUCUAACUUUAACUAAAACUUUAAUUAAUUUGAACAAUAAAGCACAGAUGGAUCUUAAUAAAUGUUUGAGUAACAGUUAUCUAAAAUGCAUUUAUAUUUUGGGAUUAUUUUUUGUAGUUUUUAAAGAUCAGAAAAAAAAAAUGAGUUUUUAGUUUAGUUAUAUUAAUGUCCUGUUUUAAAGCAAACAUUAGGGCUAUUUUGGGACGGACCUCGUAAUUUUAAAUUAUGACCAGAUGACGAGAACGACACCUGAGCUGGCAUCCCCCCUCCAAGAUUCCACACCACAUCAGCGGGAGGAUGUUUGCCCCCCCGACGGAUUUAGUGUGCGCCAGACCCGCUUACACGGCGGUUCUUCGGUGAAAUCGAGUCUUUUCGGUUGAAUCGGGUCAUUUUUUUCAAGGGCCACCGCGGCCCUUGAAAAAAAUGAGCCAAGAUGUUUCAAAUAAUGAUAUUCAUCAUUUGAUAUAAAUCCACAAUCAUAAAUGGUUCCCUUUAAAAUAAUUUAAAACAUUAUAGGGAGAGAUUAAGUAUCACAAAAAAUGAAACACUUUUAAUGAUUGGUGAACUUGACCAGUUAUAUUUUCUCAGAAUUUCUCCCUAAAUAUUUGAGAUAGGAGUCCAAUACUGUCUAGUGUCAUUACUGCUGCAUAAGAUAUAAAAUUUUUGUGCUAAAGAAAUCAACUUAAAGUGAACUUCGAAAAAGCUAUAAACAUUUCAAAUGUUAAUGCUUUUAAUAUCAAUGAUACAGAGAACAUGUAUUUAAAGUAUAGUACUAU